CUCAUCGUCUGCGACAGCGACGACACUACAGGACACUACUCACUUACCCUACCUCUACAGGGUACCAUAGUUCUGUCCUCUUCUGCAAAUUGACAUGACAGAACUUCUUGCGGCGGCGCGCUCCGCAGACACCGAGUUCCUCGUGCGACGUGCAUCUACAAAGGGCUACGAAUGGGCGUCGCUCAUAACUCCUCCAGCAUAUGUAGCAUACGUGCUUGCUAGGAAGGGACGCGCUCAAUUAUCUGUCAAUCGCGUUCUACGUGCCACCUGGGUGGGAGGUGCUGCCGGUGUGGCAGGAGGAGCUGCAACGGGGUACGCGACCUGCGCAUGGUCAACUGAAGUUGACAUUCGAAAACGGCGGAUACGGGCCGCAUACGACACUGACAGCAUCCGUGUAGAUGAUCAUUCCACCAUCGGUGGCUUACUCGGCGCCGUCUUGACCCCCGCGAUAUUGUGGAAAAGGGCACGUUUGGCGCAUUUGAUACUCGGAGGCGCUGGUUUCGGGUCCGCGGUCGGUCUCCUGACGCAUUACGGACGGUCCCUGACCGGCGACCACCCACCACCAACGAAUCUACCAGAGAUUCCCAUACCCGCAGCUUGAGGGUUAUAAUGCGGCUUUUGUCGACUCCAAAGAUGAUAUUCCGGGUCGGGUGAGGAUUCGUAUGGAAACGCCGUGCAGCAUCAUGCACCUUCGAGAACCACAUCGUCUUGUUUUGACUAGCCAAAAUCGCUCCGUAGAACCGCUCGCUCACGUAUUACGACGCGGCCAACUCCUCCAAAUUCAGCCGGCCUUGAGGGGAGUUCCAUCUCGUGGGGUCCACAACGCACAUGCCGUAUCUCUAAACUACGGGCUGCGUUGUAUCUUUUGAUAGGCACCAGGACCAUCCAGGUGCAACGAGUCGACCCAGCAAUGAUAGCUUAUCUGCGACUGAAUCCACAGAAACCUCUCAACUCAAGCAACGUCCGAACUCAAGUCACUUGCGUCCGACGUCCUCCAACCUCCC